GUGGUCCUCGUUCUCGUGUCACGUGACCAAGCCGCCGUUACGACUCGGACACAAGCGGCCGACUCCGGCGUUAGCACCUCGGUUAGCCUCCAGACCCCCCCCCCCCAUACACACACACACACACACCCGCCCCGUGCGCGCGACAUGACCACGCACGGAGAAUAAGAGCACGGAUUUCCCUCCUCCGGUGGAGCCCGACGGACACGCAGACAGAGCAACACGCACGGUUUUACGCUGGACUCCCUGAUCUCCCACCGUUAGGAUCUGCGAGGCUGGGAGCGACCACGACCACCGAACUGCCCGACCCAACAUGAUGGCCUCCACCGACGUGGACAACCGGGCCGAAGGUGCUUUGUUUUCCGACCAAAUCCCCUCAGAAAUGGAUGCGCUUUGUCCCUCUCCUCCAGGACCCUCCAGGCCGCAACGCUCCUACGAGAGGAUCGGCGGACGCGAGGGAACCUCUUUCUGUCAGACUCUCAUCCACCUGCUGAAGGGGAACAUCGGCACGGGGCUGCUGGGGCUGCCGCUCGCCGUGAAGAACGCCGGCCUGGUGCUGGGACCCAUCAGCCUGCUGUGCAUGGGCAUCAUCGCGGUCCACUGCAUGCGGCUGCUGGUGAAGUGUUCCCACCACCUCAGUGAGAAGGUGGACCGUCCGUCACUAAGUUACGGCGAGGCGAUGCAGUACGGCAUGGAGAACGUGUCGUGGCUGAGGAGGCACUCGCAGUGGGGAAAACAGACGGUGAACUUGUUUCUAAUCAUCACUCAGCUCGGCUUCUGCUGCGUCUACUUUGUCUUCCUCAGUGACAACAUCAAGCAGGUGGUGGAAGCCGCCAACGCCACCACCUUCAGCUGCCAGAUGAACAGCACCAACCAGACGCAGGUCCUGGUGCCGAGCUUCGACUCCCGCCUCUACAUGCUCUGCUUCCUGCCCGCCAUCGUGCUGCUGGUCUUCACCCCCGACCUCCGCUACCUGGCCCCCCUCUCUCUGGUGGCCAACCUGAUGAUGACGGCCAGCUUGAUACUCAUCUACUUCUACUCGCUGACGCACAUCAAGUUCCCCAUCGACCUCCCCAAAGUGGGCCGAGCUCAAGACUACCCGCUCUUCUUCGGGACGGCCAUCUUUGCCUUCGAAGGGAUCGGAGUGGUGCUUCCCCUGGAGAACAAGAUGCAGAGGCCUCAGAAGUUCAUCCCGGUCCUGUACUUGGGGAUGAGCAUCGUCACCUUCCUCUACAUCAGCCUCGGCACCAUCGGGUACAUGUGCUUCGGAGAGCACAUCGGAGGCAGCAUCACGCUCAACCUGCCCAACUGCUGGACCUACCAGGCGGUGAAGCUGCUGUACUGUUUCGGCAUCUUCAUCACCUUCGCGCUGCAGUUCUACGUUCCGGCGGAGAUCCUCAUUCCUCCGGUGUUGGCUCGCGUGCAGGAGAGGUGGCAGACGCCCGUCAACCUGCUGCUGCGCACCCUCAUGGUGAUCUUCACAUGCGCCCUCGCCGUCCUGAUCCCGGAGCUGGACCUCGUCAUCUCUCUGGUGGGCUCGGUCAGCAGCAGCUUCCUGGCGCUGAUCUUUCCGCCCAUCCUGCAGAUUCUGACUUUCCACCCGGAGGGCGCCCUGUCGCCGCCGGCGACGGUGAAGAACGUGGCGAUCAGCCUGCUCGGGCUGCUCGGUUUCCUCACCGGCACCUACGUGGCCCUGGAGCAGAUCGUCGCCCGCAACUCGCUGAAACACGAAGAGACGUUCUCCUCCUUCCGGGUCCAAUGACCACCGGCGACAUUUUAGAAACUCCUUCUAUAUAUAUUUUUUUUUUUGCUCGAUACGGCGGCCAUUUUUUAUCGUUUAAUCCAUCUCCCCCCCCCCCUCAUUUAGGAUGUUUAGUGCGAUUUCUCCAAAACGAGUUAUGAUAUCGAUUUAAUUAUUCAUUCGUGGGGAUUUUUAAGAGCGGUUUUUUUAGAGGUUUAGUUCAUUUAAAAAACCUAAAUUUAUUGACGUUUCACAACAUUUUUAGAACUUUGACCACAUUUACUAUUCUUCAGAGGAAGCAUUUACUUUUUUUUGGGGUGUUUUUUCUCAUAUUUUCCUUAUAUAUUUCUUUUGUCGCACUUUUGAUUAAUGCCUUAUUCAGUGAAACACGACUUUAACGUAGACGACACACACACCGACUUUUAAUCUCGUAGCCGUAACGUAACCAAGCGUAGAAACAAUGAGGGUUGAGUAUCUAAAUGUUUUUUUUUUGUUUUUGUUUUAAUUGGACACCGUUUUUUAAAUUGAAUUAAAAAACAAAUAUUUAUGAAUUAUAGGUACGGAAGCCCAGAGAGGUCAAAAUUAGGGGGAAAACAAUUAUUCUGGUGAUUAAUUUUGUCAGUCUUUUUAUUUUAUUAAUUGAAUCUAUGUUUCUAAGUGUUUGUUGUUGUUCUCAUUUCGGCCAUAAGUAAAUAUGUUCUAAAUGGUACUAUUAUGAGCAUACAAGUACUCUAAACACGAGGUACUUGUACAUCGUGUAUUUUCUUUAGCGUGUUUUCUGCCGUUGGAGUAAAACACAAACGCUCACUUGCCCUCUGGUGGCCGAAAUGAGCAUUACAACAACAAAGAGCAACGAUCCUAACAAAUAUAAACAAUCACCGUAGAUUAUCUCGCCCUCACCUGUCGUGAACUAUUUAAAUCAGAUUCAGAAAAUGAAUUUUUCCUCACUGACCUCUCUGGGCUUCCGUAGUUUUCUUUUCACCAGAUCGAGGUCACUCGUGUUUUUACGACAGUAAACACGCAUAUCACACUUAUUAAAGGAAGAAAUGGGGAAUAUUGAGUCCAGACUGUUGGCUGCGGAUGAUGUAAUCAUGACAAUCUUGAUUUCCUUUAUGUACAUAAAAGCAACACAAUUAUUUUAAUAUAUUAAGGGAGGGUCAGUGCGGCGUUGUUGUUGUUGUUGUUGUCGUCGUCCUUCAGAAUGCCCCGAAAAUCGCAUAAUGCUGGAACGUCAAAGGGGAAAAAAAUGGACGACAACUUGUUCAUGAGAUGAAGUAUUUAUAUUUUACUGUAUAUUAGAUUCUUUUUUUUAAAUUUCUUUUUCUUUUCUUUAUACCGUCUACAUAUUUUUGGUUGACAUGUUUCUUUUGUUUUUUUGUUGGGUUGUUUUUGCACUAAUAAGAAAAAACAGGAUUUUUAUGAAAACCCAAAUUUAACAAAAUCUCACAGAUGCUCAACCCCGGAACAAAAAUCAACCUUUUCUCAACCAAACAUGAAAUAAUUAAAAUAUAUCACUUUAAAAACAAUGCAGUCGCUCUGUUUUUGUUCAUGUAAAAAGCAUUUUCUUAACUUUACUAGUUUAUUUUUUUGGAUCCAAUUAUUAUUAUUUUUUUUCCCCCAUUUGUUUUGAUGUAUUAACCACAUUCAAGGUUCAGUUUCUCCUCCUUUUUCAACAUCAUGCUUUUUUCUUUUUUUCUUUUAAAGACCUGCAGCCGAACCUUGAACGCGUUGUUUUGGUUUAAUUACGGAGACGCUCCGCUUGUAAUAUAAAGUAAUAUAAAACAUGCAUUUAUGUCCAAGCCGUAGGUAUUAAAUCAUAAAUCAAAGCGCCGUCCGCCUGCUUCAGUGAGCAGACACGAAACACACCAGAAGCUUCUUCAGUGUUUGUGGCAGAAAACAGACGUGUUGUUGUUGUCGUUGUUGUUUCACGACUUAAAGCGUGUGAAAGCUG